AUGGACUGGAAUUUGGAAGGAAGUGCUUGGAAAACGGAGUCCCACGGUCUGCUGAGCCAAGAAGACAUCAUAGAGGACACAGGUGAAGAUGGCAUCUCUGAAAGCUUUCAGCUUCUACAGAUUGAUGUGGAAUGUGAGAGCCGAGAGAGGGGGCCCCUGCCCGAAGAUGGUGCAGCCUGGUGCUCGAAAAAUGUGCAGAGAAAACAGAAACACUGGGAAAAGAUAGUUGCAGCAAAGAAGAGUAAAAGAAAGCAAGAAAAAGAAAGAAGGAAAGCCAGUCGUGCUGAAAAUCCAGGUAUCUGUCCUCAGCACAGCAAACGUUUUCUGAGAACCUUAACCAAAGAGAGACUUUUGGAAGCCAAACAUUCAGGACCAAAACUCUCUGUUGAUUUGAGUAUGACCGACCAUAUGUCUAAGAAGGAAUUAAGCAGAUUGGCAGGACAGAUCCGAAGGUUAUAUGGUUCAAAUAAAAAAGCAGACAAGCCGUUUUGGAUUUACCUCACUGGCUUCCCAACAGAUAGUCCCCUGUAUGAAGAGUGUCUGAGGAUGAAUGAUGGAUUUUCUAGUUAUGUGCUGGACAUAACAGAAGAAGACUGUUUUAGUUUAUUUCCUCUGAAGUCCCUUGUGUACCUGACUCCUGACUCUGAACAUGCUCUUGAAGAUGUUGAUCUUAACAAGGUUUACGUUCUUGGUGGACUUGUGGAUGAAAGUGUUCAGAAGAAAGUGACAUUUCAAAAGGCCCGAGAACACUCUGUCCAGACAGCCCGCUUGCCAAUCCAAGAAUACAUGGUCAGAUGGAAGAAUGAAAAAAACUAUCACUCAGAGAUACUGGCUAUCAACCAAGUGUUUGAUAUCCUGUCCACUUACUUUGAGACUCACAACUGGGCUGAAGCACUGAAGAAAGGAGUUUCUUCUGGGAAAGGCUAUGUUCUUAAGAACUCGGUGGAAUGAUGGACGGCCUGAGACUGUAG